AUGCUACGUUUGACUGACGUUUAUUGGGCUGCUGAAGAUGAGAAUAUCCUAAUGGAACCUGCAUUUGACUUAGGCACGGAACUAUAGUGUGCCCUCUUAUCGUGGGAGACACUGCUUAUCCAAACAAAACCUGGCUUAUCCGACCAUUUAAGGAUACUGGUGGGCUUACGCGCGACCAGAGGAAGUUUAACUGA